AUUAAUACAGCCUUCUCUUCAAAUACUACAUUAUCAAUAAGUAGUACAUUAUUAUUGAUGGAACCAUUAUCAGUAACAAUAGAUACUGGUUGGAUUCCAUCAAAUAAUGAUGUAAAAAAUGGUCGUAGAUUAUAUAUUUUUAGUGGGUUAUCAUUGAAUUCUUUCCAAUUCCUUGGAGAUAUGGAGGUUGAUGAACAGGGCAUCUUACUAGAAAUACAACUGGAAACAGUUAUUUUAUAUAAACUUAUCAUGAAGUAA